UAUGAUAUCACUCUUUUUAUUAACAUUUGUCACUUUAUUGUUCGUAACCUCAUAAGUUAUAAUUGGUCUAUAUGUAAGCAAACUUUUUUUCACUAAAUUUGCUUAAGCAGCAAUCUAGAAUUACUCAGAAACUAGGUAUACUUAUGAAGCCUAAUUAUUGCAGCCUACAGUUUAAAAUUAAUCAUCAUUUGAUUCUGCAUUAGUUUAAACCUAUCCAAUAGACACUAAUUAAUCCAUUUAUGAUGUCUAUUCAUUUGUACUUCUUACUCUAUAUUAUUAGGCUUUUAAAUUGUAGAAUAACAAUGAUGUAUGUUAGAAAUGUGAUAAUACGUCUUGUUAUCUAUUUGGAGAUUAUUCAAGCUCCUAGAAUUCUUAUGUCAUAGUAACAAAUCAUCCAUAAUCAAGCUUUAUAUAGACGAAAUAGAUAUUUUAAAUGAAGCUGAUGAGAUUUUAUCACAUUCAGAUGUUGAAUUCAAUGAAAAUUUACUUUAUACUAUUUAUUUGAUUAGUGGAUCAUUCUUAAUAAUCUUAUUACUUGGAUGGAUUUUUGCUUAUUAUAUUGUGCGUCCUCUUAAAAAAUUAGCAGAAUAUGCAUAACAUAUAAAUUAGAAUACUACUCGUUUAUCAACUGGAAAAAGAAGCAAAUAAAAACCAAUUGAAUUAAAAGACAUAACAGCAUAAGACAAAAUAGGAGAAUUAGUUGAUGAAUUUAAAAAUCUUAUAUAAGGAUUAGCUGGAUUGAAAAAAGGAAAUGUAUAUUUAUUUAUUAAAUUCUAGAUUUAAAAAAAAUCUCAAGAAAUUAAACCAUUUUUGGAAGGAUAUGAAAAUUAAAAUCAAGAUUAAUUUUAACAAUUAUUAGAAGAAAUUAACAAAAUAGAAGAUGAAAAACAUAUAAAUUAAUUUAAUUAUGAUUUUCUUUGA